AUGACACAAAUUAAAGGUGACUUAGUUAAUCCAGAUACACCAGAAAAAUUCAAAGGGAACAACUACUUCCAAGCCUCGGAACAAAUAUUUUACAUAUACGACGGCCCAAUACCUCUACCCAAAGGGAAGAACCAAGUCGUGCCAAAAGACUACAUAAUUUUACCAGAAAUCGGGGUAUAUAAAUUUCAUUCCGAUGCAAAAAACUGGAAUGACGCUCGAAACGCUUGUAUUAAAGAAGGAGCCCAUUUAGCUGUCAUUCGCACACCAGAGGAAAAUGAGUUCAUUAAAAAAGUAAACAAAGAAAAAGGGGUAGUCAAUGCGUGGCUGGGUCUUCACAAUUAUUUUCAAAUUAAUGACUGGGUCACUGUGGACGAUACGCCACUGGAAACCAUAGGCUACGCACCUUGGGUACCAGGUGAACCGAAUAAUUAUAAAAAUUUGAACGAAUGGUGUGUCGUGUAUGCAGCUGAUAUCGGCAUGAACGACUUGGCGUGUCACCAUAGUCAUCCCUUUUACUGUAAAAUCAAAUUGGAUGAAGGAUUGUAA